AAGAUGUUUUUAAGGUGUCUCCCAGAUUCUGCAGGAUUACCAUAUAUUGUGUAUAGCAGCUAUAGAAUGCAAACACAAAGACCGGCCGCCCGCUGUCGCAUUAAAACCCCCAAAAGAAAGACGGAGCACGCUACCCAAAUUUCCUCAUUCACAAAGGGAAAGCCAAAUAUUUCAAAAUGUAAAAAAAGAAAGUUUUUUCAACAUAACAAAAGCCCAAAACAACCAUAAAUGUUGUAAUAAAUGAUUUAUUUUCACCACACAGUCUAGAGCUGUUUUUGAGGGAGGAAAAAUGAAAUAAAAAAAAUUAUUUGAAAGCUUUUGGUUGGGUAAAUUGUGACGAAAUAUAUAAAUAAAAUGCCUAGCAAUGAGCCCGUGACUAUUUCGAAAUUUUCUUCUCGGAUGCCCACCAAUUGUUUAAGAAAAGAAGA